UCAAUUUCAUUCGAGGGCUCGCAAUUGAGAGAGAGAGAGAGAGAGGGGGUUGCAGAGAGAUCUGGAAGUGCGAUAAUGGCGUCCUCAUUAUCGAAGUGGCUGGUGGAUCCAAAGAAGAACUGGUUCGCCGCACAGCACAUGAAAGCCGUUUCCGCUCGCCUUCGCAAAUACGGCCUUCGAUACGACGAUCUGUAUGAUCCAUACUAUGAUCUGGACGUGAAGGAGGCUCUGAAUCGCCUUCCUCGGGAGAUCGUGGACGCCAGGCACCAACGCCUCAAGCGAGCCAUGGAUCUCUCCAUGAAGCACGAGUACCUUCCCGAACAUCUGCAGGCAAUGCAAACACCAUUUCGGUAUUAUCUUCAGGAUAUGUUGGCUCUUGUCAAGAGGGAGAAUGCAGAACGUGAAGCUUUGGGAGCGCUGCCCCUCCAUCAGCGCAGUAUUCCUUGAGCUUAUCCCGUUUUCUACUGCCGGUAUUUCUUAGUGAAAUGCAUCUUUGAUGGAAGAAUAAGAACUGCAUUUCGGUUAAGUGGGAAGAAAAAGCAGCCGCAUUUUUCUAGUCUUAUACUCUGUUCCUAUUCAUGUAUGCAUUGUGACUGGAAUGCUGAAAAUGUCUGAUUUUUUAAAGCUACGAUCCAGAACCAAUUUUCUGUGUGAUA